UUCUCUUCAACCCAAACCACACCCAUUCUCAAUUCAAUCUCUCUCUCCAAUCUCCCUAUAUAUUUUCCUCCAUCGAUUUCUCGCCCGCUAAAUCUCCCUAAAAUGACGGUUCAUUCUAAUAUCUCAUCUCCUCUUGGCCCUCCCGCUUGCGAGAAAGACGCCAAGGCUCUUCAAUUUAUUGAGGACAUGACUCGAAACACUGACUCCGUGCAAGCUAAUGUUCUCGCCGAGAUUUUGAGCCGAAAUGCACAUACUGAGUACCUGCGCAUGUUUCAUCUGGACGGUGCCACCGACCGUGAAACUUAUAAGUCCAAAGUCCCCGUCGUCGGUUACGACGAGCUUAGUCCUUAUAUUAAACGAAUCGCCGAUGGUGAUCGUUCUCAAAUCCUCUCUUCUCAGCCCAUCUCUGAGUUCCUCACCAGUUCUGGGACAUCUGCUGGAGAAAGAAAGCUGAUGCCUACCAUUGCUGAGGAGUGGGACCGUAGGCAGAAACUAUACAGCCUUCUCAUGCCUGUGAUGAAUCUGUACGUUCCGAAUCUAAACAAAGGGAAGGGCUUGUACUUCUACUUCAUAAAAGCGGAAACCAAGACCAAGAGUGGCUUGGUAGCGCGCCCGGUGCUCACUAGUUACUACAAAAGUGAGCAAUUCAGGAACAGGCCUUAUGAUCCAUACAAUGUCAACACGAGCCCUGAUGAGGCCAUUCUGUGUCCGGAUUCUUUCCAAAGCAUGUACUCUCAAAUGCUCUGUGGCCUCAUGAUGCGCGAAGAGGUGCUGCGCAUGGGUGCUGUGUUUGCUUCCGGUCUAGUUCGAGCCGUUCGUUUUCUCCAACUCAAUUGGCAAGAAUUGGCUCAUGACUUUGAAACCGGAACUCUUAACUCCAAUAUAACCGAUCCUUCUGUGAGGGCACGGGUGUCCGAGAUGUUGAAGCCUGACCCAGAGCUUGCUAAGUUUAUCACCGGACAAUGUUCUGAUGAGAAUUGGGAGGGGAUCAUCACCAGAAUUUGGCCUAAUACCAAAUAUCUCGACGUGAUCGUGACCGGUGCAAUGGCUCAGUACAUUCCAACGCUUGAUUACUACAGCAACGGAUUGCCGAAAUACUGUACAAUGUACGCGUCCUCGGAAUGUUACUUUGGCCUUAACUUGAAGCCCGUCUGUGAUCCCUCACAAGUUUCGUACACCAUCAUGCCUAAUAUGGGCUACUUUGAGUUUCUCCCGCAUGACUCCACGUCAUCCGGGACUCUCUCGCGUGACUCUCCCCCGCGUCUCCUCGACCUAGCCGAACUCGAGCUAGGCAAGGAGUACGAGCUCGUGAUCUCGACCUAUGCAGGCUUGUGCAGGUACCGCGUUGGUGACAUUCUGCGUGUCACGGGGUUCCACAACUCCGCUCCUCAAUUCAAGUUCGUGAGGCGCAAAAAUGUACUUCUCAGCAUCGACUCGGAUAAAACCGAUGAGGCCGAAUUACAAAGCGGCAUAGACAAUGCCUCGGUUUUAUUACGCGAAUUCAACACAAGCAUUGUGGAGUACACUAGCUACGCGGAUACGAAAACCAUCCCCGGCCAUUACGUGAUCUACUGGGAACUCCUGAUAAAGGACUCGACCAACCCACCGACCGACGCGGUGCUGAACCAAUGCUGUCUCGCCAUGGAAGAAUCGUUCAACUCAGUGUAUCGACAAGGCCGAGUAGCGGACAACUCAAUAGGACCACUCGAGAUCAGGGUGGUGAAAAAUGGCACAUUUGAGGAGCUCAUGGACUAUGCAAUAUCAAGAGGCGCAUCAAUUAAUCAAUACAAAGUACCAAGAUGCGUUACCUUCACACCCAUUUUAGAACUACUCGACUCGAGAGUUGUGUCAUCACAUUUGAGCCCAGCGGCCCCGCAAUGGACCCCGGAUAGACGUCGUUGAUCAACAUGCAUAUCACGGGUUGGUUUGGUUUGGUAGCUACUCAAGUGACCGAAAAGAAACUGAAAUAAAGCGUGUGUAAAAUGAAUGUAGAAGUGCAGCUUUUUCAAAGCUGAUUGCGAUCCAUCAAUGAAAAGUGUCGUUAGUGUUGUUUGCAAUGGCAGGGAUAUUGUCUUGUGUUUUCUGUAGGUUCAAAUAAUCUGUGCGCACGAUGUAAUUAUCCAGGGGCGUAUGAUUGUCUUUCUUUUUAACUUUUUGUCUAAAGCUACAAAAAAAGACGUUUAAUUUGUGGUGUUGUGUUCA